GUCAGUCUCACCUGAAGGAAGCUGUCGCUUAGGUCCCGAGAUGCUGCCUCUCUACCAGUGGGCACUGCUGGCCGCUGUGGCUUCAGUCCUGGACAGGGUGGGCAGCUCGACGGACCUGCACUUGUUCCACGUGCAAUGCUCCUGUACCUACCGCAACGCCAGAGUGACCCAGCUGGCCUGGCAGGACGGCUACGACGGCGUCACCGCGCUGUUCUACGACUUCGCCGCCGGACGCUUCGUGGCAACGGAGCCUUUCGCGCAGGCCGAGGUGGACCGGCGCAACCAAGACGCGGACUACACGUCCUCCGUGCCGCGACGCAUCGAGGGACUCUGCGGCAAGAUUAAGCAGACGGCGCGGAUCAGUAACUUCACCGGAGAAUCGCUGGCUCCCACGUCUGUCAGAGCCUUUAUCGAGGAGAGGCAGGGUCAGAGGGUCCUGCUGUGCGAGGUGAGGAAUUUCGCCCCCGCCGAGGUGAAAGUGAGCUGGGUGAGAGACGGAGCAGUUGUCACCGACGGCCGGGAGACGGUCAGCGUCGUCCCUCAGCACGACAGGACGUACCAGGCCUGGAGUCACCUCACGCCGAGCGGGCAGGUGGACGGCUCCUAUUUCUGUCAAGUGGAACACCAGGCCCUCAGCGGGAAACUCCUCGUCCCGCUUGAACACGCCUGGACCAUCACAAGUGAAACUGCAUUGACCAUCAUCGGGGCAGUGCUGGGACUCCUGGGAUUGAGCUUCGCACUGGUCACUACCAUUCUCUACUGCCGCCUUUUCCACCGUAAGGGUUGUUCCCGAGUCUGUGUUAACCCAACAGCAAAGUUCACCAAGCGGGAAGGAACGCUGUGUCGUUCCAAUCUGUGUAACAGCAGCAUCAGAUCAGACAGCUCAGCCAGUUCAAAUACCAGCACCACAUCAGCUGAUGAUUUGACCAAAACCCACGCCUGAUCUCUCCGUGGGAUUCAGGGUGACCGCAGGAACACGGGGUUCGGGUUGACCCUGUGUGUGUACACACACACGCGCACGCACACACACACACACACACACACACACAGAGUCUGUGAGGGACUCCCCAUGCGGCAGGGGGAGGGAGAGGAGAGGGGACAUCAGCCUGAAGUGAAACCUCACAAUGACAGUAUGCCCGAGACAUCGUCUCCAUGUGUCAUAGACAGCGGGUUACACCCAAGCCCCCUCAUUGCUUUAUAAACCUCGAUAAGGUAUCCCCCCCUCGACCUCCGACGUUCCAGCCUCUUCUAACUCAAAUCUUCUGUUCCCAGCAAAAGCCUGGGAAAUCUCUUCCUCUGUGGGUUAAUAAUAUCCCUUCCUACAGCAGAGGGACCAUAACUGGACACAGUAAUCCAGAAGAGGCCUGACCAAUGUACUCUCAGGUCUGAGUUAUUAAGGCAAGCGUGCUAAAUGCUUUCUUAACUAACUGUGUGGGCGGGAUGUAACUGGAACCCUUGGGUCUUUCUUGGUUCUACAUCACUUACCCAGGAACCUGUACAAGUUCAGCUUUUCCUUGCAUUAACCCAAACGCAACACCUCGCAUUUAUCCAAAUUAUUUGUCGUCAUUUCCUGAGCGGACCCAUUUUCUCCCCCUCGGCUGCCAGGGGGGGAAUCCCUGGCACGGCUGUGUAGUCCUGCUGCCCACUCCGGGGCAGCCAACAGCGCCCAGGGGCAGCAGAGAUAGUUAGGGGGUGACACGUCCCCAACGCAGCCCCUGGGCAGGGGCUCCAAGGCCCGCCCCCCCCCCCCCCCCCCCCCCCCACACCGACGCCUCAGGGCACACACUAGGCUUCAGUAAGUUGUGCCCACCACAGCCUCUGAGGGGUCAGGCCCAGUUGCAGGGGGUGGGGUGCGAGAGUCAGCGCUGAGGGAGCCCUGUGUUGUCGGAUGGCAGGGGGUCGGGGAGGAUACAGAGGACGGGCACCAAAGCAACGUUGCGUGGUCAAUCGACCUCGGCAAAAGAGGUGGGGGAUUUUCCGUCUUCGAAUCCCGGAUUCUCCCUCCUCUCUCCCCCCCCCUCACUCACAGGACGGUGCCGCUGGCUGGGUGCCGGAGCGAGAAGGCACUGCACCCAAGACAGGAGCCCGAGCUUCGUUAGAAAAAGAUAAUAAAACCGAAAUGAGCAAAUACGAGACCAAACAGGAUUUAUUAAAAUAGGAAGCUGACUUACAGUGCUUUCGACUCAACAGAUAAAAUCUCCAACCUCCAGAAAAUUUACUGGACUCCAAAGCAAAAGGAACAAGGCAAUAUUAUUAAUAAAAAUGUUUC